AUGCUCACAGUAGGUCCGGCCACCUCUUGCCCCCGCCGUUCCUCACCUCCCCAGGCUCCGGCGACCCUCCCUCGAGCUCCGCCUCGCCGCCACGAAGCUUCUAGCCGAAGGAAUCGGCUCGGGAAGCCUUCAAUCGACGCGGACGCCACCGUCUUCCCCGUCACUGGCCGCCUCCUCCGCCGAAGCUCGCCGCCGUUCCCGGCCUUCCCCGGCUCCGGCGACACCACCAACAGCACCGCGGUGAGAUUCCGCUCCUCCUGGUGCUCCCGCCUCCCUCCGCUCUCCCCUGUAGCGCCGCCGCCACGAGCACCUGCUCCGGCCGACGCUCGGCCUCAUCGCCGGCCACGCUCCGGCGACCUCCAGGUCACGACACCGCCACCAGGCGACUCCUCGCAGUAG